AUGAGACUUCAGACCUGCCAGUUGACUGCCUUGCUUGCUAGCCACUGUCUUGCUACUGCAGAUACCGAUAGCCCCGAAGUCGACUGCAACGACGUGGCAGCGAUCGAUCCCUGGCUCAAUAAUCAGGACUGUUUGGAUCGAUGCCACUUGAUUCAAAAAAAGGGCGGCAACCCCCUGGACGACGCUUCCUUUACCUCGGGCUGCAGCGUAGAGAAAAUCGAAAUCGUUGACGGUGUUGUAGCCAGCACUGGCUCCUGCUUCGACAACUGGAUCUUCGGCUACUCCGAGCCCCCAGAGCUUGCCGGGUUCGUCUACUUGGACAAUUUCCUGACCGCCGCGCUGUGCCAAUAUGAGUGCCAGAUAGUUGAAGGGUGUGUCCGAUUCCAAUUCACCGCAACCAACAUCGGAGGCGACGCCAACGACAGGGUCACCCGCUGCGUUUUUAAGAACGCCGACCAGGUGUCCAGUAUACUCGAGGGCCACCCCGGCGAUCAGGGCUUCGAUUCCGACACCUGCGACACUACAAAAGGCUGCUCCACCAUUAGCGAUUGCCUCAAGUGUGGCGAUGAGCCGCGCUGUGCGUGGCGCAGCGACUACCACGUGAGUGGCUGGAGACAUUGCAGCGAUGUACGAGAUACCUGCGACCCCCAUCCCAGCACUCCCCCGCCGAGUACGACCACCAGCACCACCGAAUCCACCACAACUGCUACGACCAAGGCGACUACUACUACGACCAAGGCGACUACCACUACAACCAAGGCGACUACUACUACAACCAAGGCUACUACUACUACGACGAGGCCGGUGACCGUUACUACCUCACCUGCUGCGGAUACCACAACUACGGGCGGUGGCGGCAACGGUACAAAGAUUGCUACUGGCGUGGCCAGCGCUGCUGGCGGUUUGGCUCUGCUCGGUGGCGCCCUUCGGUACUUCAAUCGACCUGCUGAGGACGCGGAGGCCGCCUUUGUGGCGGACGAGGCGCAGUUGCCUGAGCUCAGAGAGCGCGAAGCCGUAGCGGCUACAGACGACAUGUAUGCGUAG